AUGCAUAUUGAUCAUUGUAUCGAUCAGCUGCGCCAGGCGAUCAUGUGCUCGGCAGAUCUGACCCCUGUUACCCUGCAACCCGUCAUUCAGCUGCGAGAAGGCAGGCGAUAUCUGAUCCUCUUGGGGGAGACGGAGCGCACGCAUACUUGUCGGGACUUCGAAACUAUCAAACAAUGGGUACGAUUCAGAAGCAAGAAAGCAGCGGUUCAGCACAUGUGA